UCCUCCUGCAUAUGCCCAAGAGGAUUGGGAUGGAUGGACACCAGCAGAAGCACCACUUACCUCUGUAGACAUUAGGAACAAGGAGUGUAUGGCCCUGCUUGUCGAGGCUCAGGACAGGAAGAAACAAGUGUAAAGGUUUUGAUUUUGGAAAGAAGUUGGAAUCUCCUGACCCUGGGACCUUAAGAUCCACAAUAUUGCUGAAAGAAAAAGUACUACCUUAUUAAAAGGAUGAAGAAACACGGAAGGACUAUGACUACAUGCUGGACCACCCAGAAGAGUACUACAGCCAUUACUACCACUACUACAGCAGGCGCCUAGCCCCUAAAGUGGACGUCAGGGUGGUGAUUCUGGUCAGCGUGUGUGCCAUUUCAGUGUUUCAGUAUUUCAGCUGGUGGAACAGCUACAACAAAGCAAUCAGCUACUUAGCCACAGUGCCCAAGUACCGCAUCCAGGCCACAGAGAUCGCCAAGGAGCAGGGACUGCUCAAAAAAGCCAAAGAAAAGGGGAAAAACAAGAAGUCCAAAGAAGAAAUCCGUGAUGAGGAGGAGAACAUCAUAAAGAAUAUUAUAAAAAGUAAGAUAGACAUAAAGGGGGGCUACCAGAAACCUCAAGUUCGGGACCUCCUCUUGUUCCAAGUCCUCCUCGCCCCUGUCCACCUGUGCUCCUACAUAGCCUGGUAUUGCCGGUGGGUCUAUAACUUUAACAUCAAAGGCAAGGAGUACGGGGAGGAGGAGAGGCUUUACAUCAUACGCAAGUCCAUGAAGAUGUCCCAGUCUCAGUUCGACAGCCUGGAGGACCAUCAGAAAGAAAUGUUUCUCAAACGGGAGCUUUGGAUAAAAGAGAAUUACGAGGUCUACAAGCAGGAACAGGAGGAAGAGUUAAAGAAAAAGCUGGCCAACGACCCUCGGUGGAAGCGAUACCGCAGGUGGAUGAAGAACGAGGGGCCUGGGCGGUUGACCUUUGUGGACGACUGAGGGAGAUGGGGCACUGCUAUGCCGGACUCUGGAUGUGACGUCACUUGCAUAGUGGUUACUUGGAAAUGUGCCUGCUGCUCUCAGCGGUGACUAACGCUCACACAAGUACAUGAUUAAACAGAAUAAUGUAGACAUUUCAGCUUUCCCUUAAAACUUUAUACAGAAGACAUUUAUGACGGCUCAAUUUUUAUAAUCUAUUUGUGGGUUUUGUUUAAAAAAAUUUGACAUGGGACUUAUUAGUUGCCAUUUAAAAUUUUUAUAUGUUUAGUUAAAUUUGACAUGAAAUUUAUUAGAUACCAUUUAAAACUUCUGUGUGAAGUGUUUCUUCUUCAAGAGUGUUUCCUUAUGUUUUCAUAAUACUACGUUUUCCUCCUUUCCUGGUCUCUGUUUUUACAAAACAACAACAAAAUGACAUCAGCAUUCGGUCAGAUUAUUGUGUCUUUCUGGACACACUUUCUCCAGGAGAAUCAUUCAGUGCCAUGUUGUCCUUACUGUAGUCCUUACAGAUUCAAGCACGUUCAUGUAUUCUCUAGGAGAGCCUUCUAGAACCUCUGCAGCCCCACCCACAGUCCCACCCAGUGAUCCUACUCUUGAUAAGAUCGAAACUCUCCAGGAGAGUGGGUUACAUCACGUCCUUGUGGGAUGUCCUCAGUUACAGUCUCAUAGGACUGUUUCUCAAACCUUUCUGCAGAGGGGACCUUGUAAAAAGGUCUUUUAUACCACCAUCUUCCUGCCUUCCUCCCUCUCUUCUUUCUGUCUCUCCUUCCCUCCCUCUCUUCCUUUCUUCUUUCCUUCUUUCUUCUUUCUUUCUUUCUUCCUCUUCCUUUUUUCUUCUUUCCCUCCCUCCAUCCCUGAAUUACUUGUGGUUAAACUGUAAUGCACAUGCGGGCUUUUACGUGCAUUUAAGCUAGAAACAAGACAGGCAUGGCUGAGCUGCUCUCGCCCUCUGUGUCUAUACUUAGGGAAGUGAAAGUAAAUGGCAGAAAGACUGAGUCAAACCUGAUCUCUACUGAAGUACCAUAUACACUCAUACACAGUGCUCCUGUUCAAGAUCUGCCUACUGCUUCAUGUUAAUAAAAUGGUUGUCAUACGUCAUGCUGCCUGGGAAGAUAUGUAAAGAUUAGCAUACUGCCUUUGUAGCAUAUACUUUUAAAAGAUUAAUGUAGCAUAGUAGGUAUGCAGGAUUGAUUUCUAAGUGAAGUAAAUUGAUCCUUUUAAAAGCUCAGCCCAAGGACUGGAUAGCUUGGUUGGUGAAACACUACUUUGCAAACAAUGGUGACUGACUCUGAGCAACACACACACACACACCCACACACCAUCUCAUGUAAAAUAUGCUAGGCAGUGGUGGCAUACUCAGACACAACCUGUCUCAGAAAACAAGGUAGAGAGGCCUGAAAAUGAAAACCAAGCCUGUCCUCUGGCCCCACAUAUACCCAUACACUUGUGUAUCUGCAUGCACACAGGCACACAAAGUUCAGUCCAAAUUGCAUGCAUGAGUCCAUCCUCGCCAAUUAGCCAAAAGAUUAAAGUCAGCUAUUUUAAUGUGCGUGAACUUCAGUUGCUGGUUACAAGAACAGAAUUUGACUAGGCUGUCAGAAGGGCUCUUUGAAGCUCUGGGCUUCUGGAAUAAUUAUUUAGAGUUCUGUAAACAUUAGUUGGAAAUGUUUGUGCAUUUGUUAUUCUUUAUGGUUGUGGAGAAUCAUAUAGUUAGCACCUGUUGCUCAUUAUUAUCUAAGAAUAAAUUUAUGUCAUAUAAGGACCAGAAAGAAAUACCACUACUACUGUACCUCAACAUUUCCAAAAGUCUCUAAUUGCCUGUAUUUUUCUACGUUCAUUUCUGGUACACCCUGACAGAAAGCGGUAGAGGGAAGAAAGGGUCUCUGUGGCUUACAGUUCCAGGUGACAGUCAUACCACGAAAGCAAGGAGAAAAUAUAUGCAUCUUUGCCUCUCAUGUUGAGCAUUUCCUUGCUAGGGAAUGGUGCUGCCUACAGUUGGCUGGGGCUUCCUAUAGCACUUAAUUAUCAUAUGACACCCCCACCCCCCCGCAGACACAUACCCACAGACCACCCUCAAUGAGGCUCUGUUCUGUUUGCAGUUAAUUUGAAGUCAUCAGGUUGACUGCAAAGACUGACUAGCACACCUCUGUAAGGAGAAGAGAAAGAUGUUCAGCUAAUGAGGACUCUAUGUAUCUCUGGGUACUCUUUUGUCUGUCUUUUUUAUUUCUGUAUUCUAUUUCUAGAAUUGUCCACUGAACGCUGUUUAUGUGGGAACUUGGUCAGAGUCAUUGCAUGAAUCAAAGUGGACUCUUAAAAGAAAGAUGGUGGGGUUUUCCCCUUCCCUCUGUUCACUGUGCUUCAGAUUCUCAGGAUAAGGAAAGGCCAUUGCUGUACUUCACUGCACUUGUCCACGGAAACAAAAUCUCCAAGAGGACUCAGGCCCUUCCAGCCCCAUCAGUGCAGGGAGGAGGGGUGGGCUGUCAGAACAUGGCUGUUUAUUGCCACCUGUGUCUCAUCGCUUCGUGUUAAUUGAAGUCUUCAAAAUUACGCUGUGGGUUUUAUUCAUAUAAAUGUCUUCCUAACAGA